CCCGCCAACACAUCAAACACCUCACACGACAUCACUGACGCGUUCGCGACUGAACCCUCAGUCAGAAGCAAAAAGAUGCCUGCCCUCACAGUCGACACGACCUCACCAAACUCCUCACCCCAUCCGGCAUUGCGGAAUGGCGCCCCGCCGUACGCGCCACACAACGGCGCCUCGCCACAACACUCGCGCCCUUCGAGUCCGCCCCAGCCGCCUUACUCACCCAUAACACCCACCUUGGCCGCCGCACGCCUCGACACCAACGUGCCUCCGUUGCCGCAGCAGCCGUUGCGAACAUAUACACACUCGCGACCCGAUGCGACGUUUAUCCCGCCCCCGCCUGCUCCCGUGGAGGUGAUUGACUUCGACUCCAAUACGGAUGUGCUGGCGGUGAAGAGCGCGAUAAGUCUGUUGCAGCUGCAGAAGAAGAAGGCGGCGCAGGAUAUAAGGACGUUGCAGAGGUUUAAGAACCUGGCUAUGCAGGAUCCGGAGGCGUUUUUGCGCGCGGCGGAUUUGGGGGAGAUAAGGACGGAUGGGGAUGCCACGUUCCCGGAGGAUAGCGAGGAGGGGGACGAAUAUGAAGUGGAUAGAGAUGUGGAGAUGAAUGGGAUGGGUGGGCUGGCGACAAAGGGCGAGGGACACAAAGAAGCCAGCAUGAACAACGGGACGUCGCAUACAAAGACACAUUCUUCAUUCCCUCCUCUACCCGUACCUCAAAAGGUCGUCAAAGUACCACCGAUCAACUGGGCACAGUACGGUGUAAUCGGCGACUCACUGGAUAAACUGCACAAUGACCAGCUCCAACAUCCGACGCCAGGCUCACCAGCGCGCCUCGGCCCAGACGGCCAGGUCCUAAACGGCUACACGGGCACCGAGUUCGAGAUGCGCGACCCCUCACCACAAAGCCCGGCGGGUACAUUGAAAGGCACGGGAUCUCCGGCCAAGAAGCCGGGGAAGGCAGCACCACCCGCUAAGAAGAAGGGGAGAUGA